AUGGCGUGGUACUCAUUAUUUCCAGCCGACCUCAUCUAUGUUGAAAACUGGAUCGCCCGACUCUUUCUCGUCCUAGGCCUCAUCACUAUCGCUCCCUGGGCUACCCUUAUCAUCUUCGACUUGGUCCUCUACGUCUGGCGGAUGUCGACGUAUGAGCUCCCCAUAAUCGGCGGUCGGGCACGGGGGCGGCAGCGGCCUCGUGCGCCCAGCCUGAAUGAAAGACCAAAUGGCCAGCGGAGAGCCUUUGUGUUAGCAAGCUACGAGGCAACUGGGGUAGAAAAGGAGCAGAACAAUGGGUUAAAACGAAGGUAA